AUGACUGAAUUCAUAGGUGCGAGGAUAUCUCUAGUAUCGCGGAGUGAUAUUAGAUAUGUCGGUACGCUCCACGAGAUCAAUUCGAAUGACUCGACUGUCGCACUCGAGAAUGUCACGUCUUUCGGUACCGAGGGACGAAAGGCCAACCCAGAAGAAGAGAUUCCACCUUCCGAUAGCGUCUACGAGUAUAUUGUCUUCCGCGGUAGUGAUGUGAAGGACUUGAGGGUCGAAGAGAAGCCAGCUGUCAAUGAGAACAAGCCCCCACAGGUCCCGAAUGAUCCUGCUAUCCUUGGAAGUGGUUCCCGUUCCCGUCCUACGCCUCAAUCGCAAGCCCCUCCGCAGCAACAAAGAGGUCCACCGGGCCCACAAGGUCAACAGCAACAGCAAGGUCCUGGAGCUCCUCCCUUCGGUCAACACCCUCAGUAUCCUCCUCACUUUUACCCACCGCCUGGCGGGUUUGGUCGUGGUGGACCUCCAGGACCUGGUGCUUUCCCGCCGAUGCCCUAUGGUGGCCCCCCACCAGGAUGGUAUGCCCCUCCAAAUCAAGGAUUUCCACCAGCUCCUUUCCCUCCAUAUGGCUAUCAACAACAACAGUUUGGCGCUCCUGGACAAUUCCAACAGCAACAGCAGCAACCACCUCAUCAACCUCCUAAGCCUUCGCCGAUCGGUCCUGGUGCGAAUAAGCAAGCAAGCCCUGCCCCGCCCUCUGGUCAAGCUCCUGGUCAAGCUCCCGGUCAAGCCAAUGAAAAGCAGGCUGAACCAAAGAUCUCAGCUACCCCUGCCGCUGAAAUGCCCGCUGCAUCUGUGCCAAAGCCUCCUACUCCCAACAAUGCGUCGAAGCCAACUGCAAGCCAAGUCCAAGCUGCUAUUUCUCAACCAGCCAACUCUCAAGCUGCGCCGCCAACUGCCCCUAAGGCUGCCGCUCCAAAGGCCCCUGCUCCAGCAUUGCCCAAGAACCGAGUUGUUAUGCCUGCUGUACCACUACCAAGCGUGGCUGCUCCUAAGGCACCUCUUCAAUCCCGAACCAGCAACACUGCCCUAACUGAACCUGCUGCGAAGCCAGUCGAUCCUGCUGCUAGUUUGAGAGAUGCCACCCAAGCUGCCACUGCCGCCGUCGCUGCAGCAAUGGCUAAGCUCCCACCCCUCAACCAGACCAAUGGUAGUGCUGUCGACAAUCUGACCAGAAAGGUUAACGAGAUGAGAGUGAACGAUGCAGCUCGAGCCCCAAGAAACCCUGGAGGUACUGGAUUCGCUCCCAGAGGAGGCCGUGGACCAAGAGGUGGUGGACGAAAUAUGAAUCACAAGGUCGAGGUCCCGGAGGCAGAUUUUGACUUUGCAUCCGCAAAUGCCAAAUUCAACAAGCAGGAUUUGGUCAAGGAAGCAAGUGCUAGCUCGCCGCUCGGAGAGACCGAAUCAGUCGCUUCACCAACUGAAGUAGAUACGCCAUCGACUGGUUACAAUAAGGCCACGUCGUUCUUUGAUAACAUCUCUUCCGAAGCCAAGGAGCGUGCUGAAGGUGCUGGCAACAGACCAGGUGGACGCGAAUGGCGAGGCGAGGAGCAAAAGAAGAAUGUGGAGACUUUUGGUCAAGGCAGCGUCGACAACGGCUACCGUGGAGGAUAUCGUGGUGGACGUGGACGAGGUCGUGGUCGCGGAAAUUACCGUGGCCGAGGAACUUAUGCAGGAAAUGGCCAACCAGGUCAAGCACGUGGAGGUUAUCGUAGCCGUGGAGAUGCACAAGCAAGUGUAUAA